UAUUUGUUUCCUUCUUCGUUCAUUCUACAGUCUGAUCAGCGGUAGAAGAACAAUAAAAUCGCUACUCCGAUCAUACUGAACAAUGUCGUCGCUCGACAUUGACGGAAUUUUGGCGAACACGAAGGAGCUCGAUCGCCUGCGGAAGGAUCUGGAGGAUGUUGUUCUUGAGAUUAACAAGAUGCACAAGAAACUCCUCGCUACUCCUAAGGUGGUCGAGAAGCCUGGGGAUAAUUCAUUGUCAAAACUAAAGCAUCUAUAUACUCAAGCAAAACAACUUUCAGAGGAUGAAGUGAGCGUUUCCACAACCUUAUUGGGUCAACUUGAAACUUUGCUGCCUGCUGGACCUCCUGGGCAACCAAGGAGAAGGAUAGAUAAAGCGAAAAGAAUGAAGGCAGAUUCAGAUAAUGCUCGCCUUUCUCCUGCCAUGAGAAACCUCGAGGCAUGCGCCAACCUGAAAGAUGAACAGGUGGCAGCCAGGGUGACGCCAGAUGGGGCUGAGAAGGAUGAAUGGUUUAUUGUAAAAGUGAUGCAUUUUGAUAAGGAGACAAAACUAUUUGACGUACUAGAUGAGGAGCCAGGCGAUGAAGAUGAAGGUGGAGGGCAGAGAAAAUACAAGUUACCAAUGUCAGCCAUCAUUCCCUUUCCAAAACGAAAUGAUCCUUCUACUGUCCCUGAUUUCCAACCUGGAAGACGAGUUUUAGCUGUUUAUCCAGGCACAACCGCUCUUUAUAGGGCAACAGUUGUCAAUGGUCAUCGCAAGAGGAAAACAGAUGAUUACUUGUUGGAAUUUGAUGACGACGAGGAAGAUGGGUCGUCGACAUUGCCCCAGAGAACAGUGCCCUUCCAUAAAGUUGUAGCCUUGCCUGAAGGACUCCGCCAGUAAGCUACGUGUAUUUAUAUUUAUAUUUGUGAAUACUACUAUAUAAGCUUGUAAAUCGUAGACCAAACAUUAUGCAUUAUUCUCUCUGUCUUUAAAUUUGAGAAAUGAUAAUGUAUUCAGUAUCA